CCUAGUUCACAGUACAAUUAGGUUAACGGUGACCGUCUACCUUUGCAAUUUACGGGUGUUAUUUUAUUGAUUUAUUUUGCGUUGAUUAAUUUGAAGCCCAAAAUGCAUUUAGAAUGGCUCUCCAAUCGCGCGUAAUUUAAUUCAGGAGGUUAUACAAACUUUCAGUGUAGCAGGUUUCAUAAAAAACAACCAGUGAUUUUGGACGAAGUCAAUUCUCGGUCUGUCUCUAUUCACCAAUUCAUUUAUUGUAUCUGAAUGCACACAUUUGUUUUACAUAAAUGUUAUAGACUUCACUGAUAUGGAUGCUCGUUUGGAAAACCACUUGGAUUAUUUUAUCCACGACAAUACUGCUGCUGCGGGCUUGAGUCCAGAAAUGCUGGCCGUUGCACGGGAAGCCUUCCGUGCUGGGGACUUCAACCUCCUUGCUGAGAUAUACGGCUCCCAGCUGGCGGACCUCCGACACCCGGACCGGAGCCUCUGCCUUCUGAAUGCGGAUGCUCUCAGCCGUGCAGGGCGGAUAGCGGAGGCUCUGGAUUCAUACUGCACCGCCGCCAACUUGGACAGGUUACGACCAAACGAACUAGGGUCUCUCGUUGACUGUAUUGCGCACACUUUGCGCGUAAAAGAAUGCGUAAAAGAAUGCACAGACUCAGAUGGGGUUUCCGAGGAUGAGCACUCGUUGGACCUGUUCUCAUGUCGGCUUUGCAAGUGCUUGUUAAUCGAGCCAACAACUUUGGAAUGCGGCCAUACAUUCUGCAAACCAUGCAUUGAGGAUGACGGUGUCAAAGAAUGUGAAUUCUGUCGUUACAAACUGAACAAAACAAAUAUUGAAUUAAAGCCAAUCGGGUUUAAAGUGAAUGUAGUACUCAGUGGGCUGUUGGGUAAAUGGUUUUGUGUAGAGAGUGAAGCAAGACGAUGCUGGCUUGAAGGGGAUAGAAUGCGGAACGAACAUGACUUUAUCAACGCACUUGAAAAAUACAACUACGCUCUUGAAAAAGCCCCCUAUAUGUGUGGGCUGCUGGGCCGACGGGCAGAGCUGCAUAUGGAGAUGAGCAACUUCAGACAGGCCCUACAGGAUGGAGACGCCAUGUGUCGACUGACGCCCCUCUCUCCCAAGGCUCACUACGUGAAGGCCCUGGCUCUGAACAAAGCCGGUUAUAAUGAAGAGGCCCUGCAAGAAUACUUCUACUGUCUGGCUCUGAAGCCAGACUGGACUUCAGUCAAGCUGGAAACGCAAAAGUUAAGCGACUCCACUGUGUUUCUAAUGCUGAGUGAGAUGUUCUCCACGUUCAAGACAGACGGUCUCCCCACGUCAUCACUUCGCCUCCACCCAACAGGCCCCGCCUCCCACCUCAAACCAGCCUCCCAUCUCCUCGACUCCCUCCAUUCCACCCCUCGUAGAUGGAGCCAAACCCCUACUGGCCGUAGAGACAGUUUGUCUGACACUGGAGCAGAGACCAAGUCCUCAUGUGAGGUUUCCAAGACCCUGGCUUCUGUUGUGGCUGCCUUACCUCUCCCCCCUGGCCUAAAGAGGAAGUUCUCAGACGAACCCCUAGGCUCUGCACCCCCCAACAAGCUGCCCAGAAAAGAUGAGUCAAGCUCAUCCCAGCUGCCAGCUGCUUGUUGCAGUGAGAGGAGAGAGGUGCCCCCUCAGCUCCUGGAUAGCUCUGACAUGGACUGCUCUGUUUGUAUGAGGCUGUUCUACGAGCCAGUCACCACCCCCUGUGGACACACCUUCUGCAUGAAGUGUCUUGAGCGCUGUCUGGACCACAACCCCAAUUGCCCCCUGUGUAAAGAGAACAUUACAGAGUACCUGGCCACUAGAGGGUACCAUAAGACCCUGCUGAUGGAGGAGGUCCUGCAGCGCUACCUGUCUGAGGAGCUGGCAGAGAGGAGCAAGGUGCACCAGGAAGAAAUGGCAGAGCUGUCAAACUUGGCCCAGGAAGUGCCCAUCUUCAUCUGCACCAUGGCAUUUCCCACAAUUCCCUGUCCCCUGCAAGUCUUCGAGCCGUGUUAUAGGCUGAUGAUCCGACGCUCUAUGGAGACGGGAACCAAGCAGUUUGGAAUGUGCAUCGCUGACGACAUCAAAGGCUUCGCAGACUACGGCUGUAUGUUGGAGGUGAAGGACGUGAAGUUCCAAGCAGACGGGCGCUCGGUGGUCGACACGGUCGGAGUGUCCCGCUUCAGAGUGCUGAGCCACGGCCACCGCGACGGCUACAACACAGCCAAGAUAGAGCACCUGGAGGACCAGAAGGUGGAGGGAGAGGAGCUGGCGGAGCUGCAGAAGCUGCAUGACUGUGUGUACGAGCAGGCCAGCACCUGGUUCACCUCCCUCAAAGACAACAUGAAGAACCAGAUCGUCAGCCACUUUGGACAGCUGCCUGACAAAGACCCUGACAUACAGGUGGGUGCCAGUGGUCCUGCAUGGUGUUGGUGGCUGCUGGCUGUACUGCCCCUGGAGAAGAGAGCCCAGCUAAGCAUCCUGGCUAUGACCACCCUCCGAGAGCGCCUCAGCACUACCCGCCGCGUGCUCAGCCUCGUCACACGCAAACACCCUCCACCGCGGCAACCAUCUUCAGCAGCGGCAGCAUCAUCAUCACUGUAGUGGCCCCCCGAGAGGUGAUCAAUUUAGAAUAAUCUGGGCCCAGUUAGGUAACUUUUGACAAUUUGGAUUUCUCCUAUCAGCUCUGAUUAAAUGCAUAGAAAUAUAAUGAAUAGAACGGGGGUCCCCGUUGAAGUCGGUUAUUUUUCUGUUCUAUUCAUUAUAUUUCUAUGCAUUUAAUCCCAUCUGAUAGAUGAAAUCCGGAUAGAUAAUUUUGGGAAAACUGGGCCCUGGAGAAGAAGGGAGAGGAUACUCAGUUUUCCUCUGAAGCUCUAGACUCAGAUAAAGAGUUUCAACAGUGGGAAUGAUUCAGCAGUGUUGUUCAUGAUCUCAGGAAUGGGUUCUACUUAAGUCUUACAAAAAGGAUCGAUGGACUAGCCCUACCCAACCAAAACACAUAAAUGUGUGUCAGGUUUGCGCACAUAUCUUUGGGUCAAUUUCAUUAAGUCCAGAUUUGUCAUGUGUGGUACAUUAGGUUUAUUUUGUUCUUGUUUUAUUGUUGGUCUGUGUACAAAUGAGGCCUUAAAUUAUUUUUGCAAUGUG